UGCGGACCGCGUGUUCACCUGAUGAGAGCUUCCAGAACCGAAGCGAACCAAACUAACCCAGUCUGCAAGUCUCCAACACCACACAUCACACACACACACUCUCUCUCCUCCGCUCUCCAUCUCUCCCCCCACGCUACGCCACAGAUCUCCUCCUCCUCCUCCUCUCUCUCUCUCUCUCUCUCUCUCUCUUCAUCAGCCAUGGCGGAGGGCGCCCCCAACGCCGCAGCUGAGGGCAGCCAGCCCGCGCCUCCCGAGGGAUCCGCCGAUGCCCCGCCAGCUUCCGGCGCGAAGGCCGCGGAGGCUCUGCUCCCGUCGCUCAGCAUCUGGCCGCCGUCGCAGCGCACGCGCGACGCCGUGGUGCGCCGCCUCGUGCAGACGCUGGCGGCGCCCAGCGUCCUCUCCCAGCGCUACGGCGCCUUCCCGGAGCCCGAGGCCGAGCGCGCCGCUGCCGCCGUCGAGGCCGAGGCCUUCGCCGCCGCCUCCGAGUCUGCCGCUGGCGCGUCUCCGGCCUCCGUUGAGGAGGGGAUCGAGGUCCUCCAGGCGUACUCGAAGGAGGUCAGCCGCCGCCUCCUCGAGCUCGCCAAGUCCCGGGCCGCCGCCGCUGCAGCGCCCGCCGAGGCGAGCGCGCAGGAGUCGGAGGACUCAUCGGCGACUGCUCCUCCUCCCGCGGAGGCUGCCGCUUCCGAUGAGUAAGGCGUCGGCCCGCGCUUUGGUCCACCGAGAAUUGCUGUUAUUUUGGCAUUUCGUUGGAAAUUUAUUCAUGGUUUCCACUGCCUAUGGUUAGUAGUAUCUGCUGUCUUCUAUUAGAGAUGCGCGUGAGAAGAGGAACUGAUGUUUGUUUCAUGAACCUGGUACGCUGCUAUAAUAUUAAGUUAUAAACGGUGCAUCCUUGCCAUUGCA